AUGUCGGCCAAAGAAAUUUCGUUGGCCUUACAAUCCGCAUCCCCGCAAGAGCGGAAAGCAGCGUUUCAGCGACUGUCGGAAUCGAUCAAGAAAGAUGACGUUCCGGAAGGUGCUUUCAAGGCGAUAUGUAAGCUUCUUCCACCUACUCUCCCACUUUAUCUUGACGGGAGGUCGCAGAGCCUUGUAAGAGACCUGCUGAGUCUGCUUUUCAAGCAACAUGGAGCUAAGCCAUUCCCGUAUGUUGUUGGUAUGCUUGUUGAAAUAGCCGAUUCUUGGGUCUCUUCUGGAAACCCUACGCGUGCGACGGCUAACUUUGCGGCCACUGCGCUGCGAUGGUCCAGCAUCGCAUCUCUCGAGAUCGAUGAGAAUUUGAAGCAGACAAACAUAGCAGACGUUAAGAAGUUGAUACGUGCUCAAACGUGUUUCUACGCAUGUGUGAGAUUAGCCGGAGUACUGAAGCUUUUAAACAAAUGUAACGACUUGCUUUUCGGGCUAUGGGAUAAACGGUCUACACUACUCAGAGCCACUGUGGACACGCUUCAGGAAGGAGAAUUGACCACACGGGACCUGAUAUUUGCGUCUCUAGCGUAUUCGAAGUACUAUAAAUGUGCUGGAAACGUCUGUGAUUCGUUGAAGGCGAACAUCCUGGAAUGGUUGGCUAAAGGAAUCAUCAGCAGCAAAACCAAACCCGACAUUCGUCUUGCGGAAAGCUGCAGCUUUGUUUUGAAAAGCAUCUCGCUAGAAGAAUUUAAAUCGACUUUGUUCCCUGUCAUCAGCAAAGCCUUGCUGAGAAGUCCCGAAAUAAUUUUACAGUUCCUCGCCGCCAUGGUCAAAGUCCUUACUAUUGACAUAUCUACCUUAUCUGUGGAGCUGACGAAAACAUUGGGCGCAUCGCUCACGUCCAAAGAAGACAGCGUUCGUGAGGACGCCGUUGCGUUAUGUUACAGCUUAGCACUGCAGAGUGGCGAUGAGGCAGCCGUGCAAGAAAUGGUUAAAAUCCUAUUCCAACUGUACAAUGGAUCACAAGGGAAAUUGGUUGUGGCUGCCCACAAAAUAUCCGUUUUGCAGGCAAUUCACGAAGGUACUUUGAUAACCUGCAUAGAGCAGGCUCACUGUUGGUUCAGCAGAGGUCUUCCUGCUGAAAGCGGCUCUAAAAUAAUUGCGGCUCUGCUGACAUCGGUUGCUGGGGAAGGGUUGUCAGCAGCAUGUCUUCUCUUGGAACUUCAAGCCCUGGGAAAAUGUGAUACAUCCCCAAGUCUACUUACUCAAGGAUUUUGGGAUGCUGUUGGCGGAAAAGUCGCCAAUUGCGUUUUCCUCUCUGAUCGUUUUGUUGUUUCAGCGAGCCCAGAAAACCAACAAACCGUUCUUCUGCUUUGUGAACGAUUGCUAACGGAGCAUGAAGAGCGUAUCGAGAGGAACAUCAAUAAUAUCAUGCGAGCCAUGUUAAUUGUCUUGUUCCAAUGGGAUUACGCGACCAAGAAGAAAGCCACUCCGUCAUUGCGGCGGUUGGUGAAAUCGCUGAGAGGACCGUUUCUGAUGAAACAACUUGUAGCAACAUUAGCUGAGUUCUUGCUUGAGUGUCCGAAAAUGAGUUGCCCGAACGAUGAAGCAGAAGGCGAAAUGAAAACGAAGGAUUCUGAAAGCAUACUUUUGAAAGCUUCUUCAGUGAGAGACGCGAUUUUCCAGUUGGCCAAGGAAUGCAAGAAGUCGACGGAUCCGUCGUCAAAAAUAGAAGCAGAAAAUAUGUCUGUUCAACUGCUUGUUCCUGUUCAUCAUAUAUCUCUAUAUCAAUUGGACAAGCAUAUUUGGGAGAGGAUGAUCCGAGAGCUUAAUUUGGACAUCGAAGAAACCCUUUCCAAAAAACGGAACGAUGUCGUUGCAUUAAUCACUGAAGAAUUCAGAGGGCUUGAGGCGGAGAAAAAUGCGCUCAAAACGCUGGUCCGGAUCGCUCCAGAAAUGAUUGUUGAGCCUGUGGUCGAGUUUGUUGCUAAGGAAUGCCGUGAACAAAAGUACUUCCAAGUAACGCAAGAGGAAUGCGCCAUACAUGCAACGAGCUCGGGAACAUUGUACAAACAAUCCAUAAUUGAGGCCUUACGACAAGAAAAUGCAUUAAAUGCAAAAAAUAUGAAACGUGAAAGCAAGGCUUAUUCUUACAAAGAACAAAUGGAAGAAAUAGAACUGAAGAAGGAAUUAAGUAAGAAGAAAAAACCAGAAGCAAAGAAAGCUUUGGACUUGGACGGUUUAACGCCCAAACAAAAGGAGACUGUUAAACUCGAACUUGAAAAAGAAGAGGGAAUACGAUUCAGAUUGGAUGAGUUAUUAUCAGCAUUCAAGAAAGUUCCUGCUGCAAUGAUCGAGAGCCUUCUCGAGGGAAACCGUCAUGCUCUUGGGGAUUAUUUGAUGCGUUUCAUGUUCGAUCUUCUUCGCUUGCUGAGCUCUCCGCUCAUUGCAAAGAUUAGUGCCAGUCUGUUUGUAAGAUUGCGGGAAUGUGCGUUUUCAACGCCGGAAGAGGCUACUUUGGGGGAAGAAAUUUCCUACGUUACUCUUCGCCUUUGGAAGCCGGAAUGUGAAAUAGAAGAACGAUGGUUGCAGGAGCCACUCAAGGAUGCUGCGGAGCGUGUGAUUACUUCUCUUCAUGCCCUCAUUUGUGGUAAGAAGCGUGAACCUGAGUUUGACGAAGAUGGAAAUAAAAUUGAGUAUGAACCGGAGAUGCUACACUUCCCGAAGUUCACUUACUCAUUUCCCAUGAUCACUGCUACGUUUGGGAAGAAUUCGAACACUUCAUGGAGCAACGGAGAGAACUUGUUACUCGCUCUGAAGGUCCUGGAUCUUUACGGAGCGAGGGCGAAUGAUACAAUGCCGUUGAAAGAACUUCUGGAAUUACUCGUUUACCUGAUAGCAGAGAAAGAUGGGACGAAAGCGCAAAUAGUGGCAGUACAAGUUUUGAACCACGUUGGCCGUGCCUUGUCCGGUGUGACCGGAUGUACACUAAUGUCGGAAACGGAGUUGAAUAUAUUCCUUGACGGUGUCAAACAUCCUAGAGCCUUUGUUCGAGAGGCUUGCGUGCGGGCUUUGUCCUUCGCACUCAAGGCCUACCUGGACUCCAUUAGACAUGGUGUUGAGAUUGGGAAUCAUCGCAACCAAAAGAUCAUGUUGGAAACCACUGAGCGGAUAUGGAUUGCCAAGUUCGACAAAUCGGAAGAAAUUUCUUCUCUUGCGGAUGCAUUGUUUGAGUCUGCUGGAUUGAAUCAAUCUCCAUUGCUAAUCGACCGCGUGAUCGAAGACGUGUGCAAUCGAGACUCGUUCGAGCUCCGUGAGGCUAGUGCGAGAGCGCUUGCAGAGCUGCUUCGGCUGAACAGUUCGUUUGUUCCACAGACGUUGGAAAAACUCCUUGAUACAUAUCAAGAGAACCUAGCUAUGUCCCCACCGGUUACAGAUUCAUUUGGUCGCGUAGUGAUUGCUGCGAGAGAUUUGUGGGAAGGUAGAGCUGGAAUUGCCUCUGCCAUCAUGGAGGUUGCACCCCAUCUCGACCCGGACUCCGUGGUCCAACUCAUGAGUUUCUUCGUUCGCGAUGGACUCGGAGAUAGACAGCCGGAUGUUGGCAAAGCCAUGCUCCAGGCUGCACUGACUGCUGUGGAUGCCCAUGGGAAGGAAAUGGUGAUGCAGUUGCUGCCUUUGUUCGAAAGCUUUCUGGACAAGGCGCCUCUCACGCGUGACUUCGAUAGUGUUCGUCAAGGAGUUAUCAUUUUAAUGGGGUCGCUUGCAAGGCAUUUAGAAUUGCAGGAUGCGAAAGUCAAACCUAUUCUGGGAAAAUUGGUGCAGGCGCUGUCCACUCCAUCUGAGCAGGUGCAAGCCGCAGUGGCGAGCUGCUUGCCGCCGCUUGUACCCUCAUUGGGUCCUGAGGCGGACCAGGAGAUGCUUGAUAAGAUGAUGCGGUCUCUUCUGGAAGGAACUGAUUAUGGACAAAGGCGAGGAGCUGCUUUUGGCAUCGCAGGUUUUGUCAAAGGUCUUGGAAUCCUUGCGCUGAAACAGAAGAACAUCAUGCCUCGAAUAACGGAUGCUAUCCAGGACAAGAAGAAUGCGCGACAUCGUGAGGGUGCGCUGUUGGCGCUAGAACAGUUGUGCUCAUCUCUUGGAAGACUGUUCGAGCCGUACGUAGUUCACGUACUCCCGCAUCUGUUGCUGUGUUUCGGCGAUCCGGACCAGUACGUUCGAGAAGCAGCAGAAGAGUGCGCUAAGGCGGUGAUGGGCAAACUCAGUGCCCAUGGAGUCAAACUCGUGUUGCCAUCGUUAUUGGCUGCCUUGGAGGAGGAUUCUUGGCGAACGAAAACUGGUUCCGUAGAAUUGCUGGGAGCUAUGGCAUUUUGUGCUCCAAAGCAGUUGUCGUCGUGCCUUCCGAACAUUGUACCAAAACUAAUCGAGGUUUUGGGUGAUUCUCAUCCGAAGGUCCAAAAAGCUGGCACUCAGGCUUUGAAGCAAAUCGGGUCUGUCAUUCGAAAUCCUGAAAUUCAAGCGCUCGUUCCAAUUUUGUUGGGCUCGGUGGAGGAUCCGUCGAAGAAAACCUCGAUUGCAUUGAAUGCCUUGCUGGACACUCAAUUUGUUCAUGCCAUUGAUGCACCCUCGCUAGCAUUGAUCAUGCCAGUCGUUCAACGUGCCUUUCAAGAUCGUUCGACGGAAACGAGAAAAAUGGCUGCCCAGAUCAUUGGCAAUAUGUACUCUUUGACCGAUAAGAAGGAUUUGCAGCCUUAUUUGCCGAGUAUUAUUCCAGGAUUGAAGAAUUCUUUGCGAGAUCCUGUUCCUGAGGUCCGAUCCGUUUCUGCGAGGGCGCUUGGAGCCAUGGUUAAAGGAAUGGGAGAGAGUAGCUUUGAUGAUUUACUUCCCUGGCUGAUGCAGACGCUUACAUCCGAAAGUGGUGCAGUUGACCGUUCAGGAGCUGCCCAAGGACUUGCUGAAGUUGUUGGAGGUCUGGGCGCCGAGAAACUCCAUCGUCUAAUGCCUGAUAUAAUUGCUACCGCACAAAGGAGCGAUAUUGCACCUCACGUCAAGGACGGCUACAUGAUGCUAUUCAUAUACUUUCCGACGGUUUUCAAGCAGGAAUUCAUUCCCUACAUUGGCGAGAUAGUUCACCCGAUUUUGAAGGCUCUUGCUGAUGAAAGCGAGUAUGUGAGGGCAACUGCUUUGAAAGCAGGCCAGCGGAUUAUCAACGCCUAUGCUGAUUCAGCGAUUGCGUUGCUGCUUCCGGAGUUGGAACGUGGUUUGUUCCACGACAAUUGGCGAAUCCGUUACAGCUCUGUUCAACUCCUUGGAGAUUUGCUGUACAGAAUUUCGGGUGUUACGGGGAAAAUGACGACAGAAUCUGCGGGAGAAGACGACAACUUUGGUACCGAAUAUUCUCAUAAGGCUAUUUUGGGUGCUUUAGGAGAGCAGCGAAGAAACCGAGUGUUGUCGGGCUUGUACAUGGGUCGCAGCGAUACUGCUGUCAUGGUGCGACAGUCCGCGUUACACGUUUGGAAAGUAGUCGUCAGUAACACGCCGAAAACUUUGAGAGAAAUCCUUCCGACUCUGUUCUCUGUUCUAUUGGGAUGCCUUGCGUCGAAUUCGCCGGACAAAAAAACGAUUGCAGCGAAAACCCUUGGUGACCUUGUCCGAAAGUUGGGCGAACGUGUGUUGCCCGAAAUCAUGCCUAUUCUCGAGAAAGGUCUUUCCUCGCCUCAUCCAGACCAGCGUCAAGGAGUGUGUAUCGGAUUAUCGGAAAUCAUGGCAUCCACUUCCCGGGACAUGGUUUUGGCUUACGUCGAUAGCUUGGUUCCUACCAUACGGAAGGCCUUGGCGGAUCCCCUACCCGAAGUCCGGCACGCGGCGGCAAAAACUUACGAUUCCUUACAUUCCACAGUCGGAAACCGUGCGCUUGAUGAUAUUCUUAAACCCAUGCUGGAGCAUUUGAAUGAUCCUGAAAUCGGAGAAUUCACGCUUGACGGUCUGCGUCACGUGAUGGCCAUCAAAAGUCGAGUCGUGCUUCCGUAUUUGAUACCUCAGCUUACUGCGCCGCCGGUGAACACGAAAGCGCUGUCGGCAUUGGCAUCAGUCGCCGGUGAAUCCUUGGGUCGUCAUUUACCGAAAAUCUUACCAGCUCUUCUGGACGCGCUAGAGCAAGAAAUCGCUGAACAUGGCGCGGAAAAUGUUCUGCAUCGCGAGUUGUUGGAGCAAUGCCAGGGUGUGAUCCUUCCGGUGACUGAUGAUGUUGGGGUCAGGACGAUAGUCGACAUACUUAUGGAGGAGUACGCUCGGAAAGCGAGGACCCAUGCAGGCGGGGAUGCUGCAAGAAGAGAUGCUCGGAAAGUUGUCGCUGCUCAGAAAGAUGAUGGCAAGGAGCUCAAGAGAAUUGCUGCGGUCAUGUUGUUGUCGGGCUUCUGUGUCAGAACUAAAGUUGACCUCACCGAACUCGUGCCGCAGCUUAUGAGAGGGCUUUUGCAUUUGUUUACUGACAAGGAUCCCGUUAUCCUUCAGGCAUCAUGGGAAGCUCUUUCUGCUGUUACAAAAACGCUUGAUGCCAAAGCUCAACUGGAAUACGUAUAUGAAUUGAGGCAAUCUAUCAAAUUCGUUGCUUCGGAUUUGCCACCUGGAGUUCUUCUUCCCGGCUUCUGUUUGCCGAAGGCCAGUCAACAAAGUAUUUUGAACGGAACACCGGAACAAAAGGAGUUGGCUGCAGUUGGAAUGGGAGAAAUCAUUCGUCUAACUUCUGCAGAAGCCCUGAAACCGUCUGUGGUUUCUAUCACUGGACCUCUGAUUCGUGUCUUGAGUGAUAGGUUUGGGUACACGCUGAAGGUGGAGGUGCUCGUCACCUUAUCACUGUUGAUGGACAAGGUCGGACAACACUUGAAGCCUUUCCUACCGCAACUUCAAACGACUUUUCUUCGCGCCCUGAAUGAUCCGAAUCGCUUAGUGCGACUCAAAGCCGGUGUAGCGUUGGCGAAUUUGAUGAAAAUACAUCUACGAGCAGAUCCUCUCUUCGUCGAGCUGCACACAAUUAUCAGGAACGGUGGAGAAGAUCAAGGAGUUCGUGAUACAUGCCUGCAAGCGCUGCGAGGGGUUUUGGUUCCAUGCGGCGACAAAAUGUCGGCUUCCUUGCGGAAAUCUCUGAUCCAAACGUUAGUCGGAUUACUCACGAAUUUGGAAGAUCAAACCCGAUUGUGCGCCGCUGGUUGCCUGGGUGCCAUGGCUAAAUGGAUGGAUGAAGAUGAAAGAAAGGCGUUUUUUGCGGAGUAUAUCUUUGAUGAUGACAAGACAAAGGACUGGGUUGUACGUCAUGGAUGUUCCGCUACCCUCAGUUCGUGUUUGAAGGAAUCGUCUGAGAGUCUAAUGACUCCUGAGUAUGAAAGGAAAGUGCCGAAAAUGUUGCUUGCUUGUCUAUCUGCUGAUAGGAUUCCAAUUGUGAUCUGUGGAGUCGAAGCGUGUGGAUAUCUUGUGGCUCACUGUAUUCGUAAUGAAGCUCCUGUUCCGGUUGAUAUAAUCACUCCAUUUGCGAAGAUGAUGAAUCAUACAGCCAACGAAGUCAAAAUUCACAUGGCAACCACGAUAACAUACUUGUGGUUCUUCGCUCGCGACAAACUGAAGAAAGAGCGACUGAAUCUGAGCAAUGGAGACCAAGCGACGAUCGAGAAUGCUUCGAGUGCUGUUGUUCUACCAGCUGCCUUUCUCAAGCCGGUUAUUCCCAUGUUGGUGAAUGGCACUAAGGAAAAGAAUUCCCUGGUGAAAUCUGCUUCAGAAAUGGCUCUUGCUGCUGUCCUUGAAGUGAAUUUGCCUGGAGCUGAUGUUGUCCAACAGAGUUGCCUCAAAAUUCUGGACCCAGGAGCAAGUGAUGCUUUGUCGGAUGUUAUCUCAAAAUUGUCGCGACGAAGUGGUUUCUCGGACCGUCCCAGGGAUGAAGAUGUGGACUGUACUCUUUUGACAUGACCUGGUGAUGGCAUUCGCUAUUUCAUGGGUUAAGUUAAGCUUGUCGUGAUGAAAAGCUUGUUGUCUGUUGACUGUCUCGCUUGUCAUGAUCACUGCUAAAUCAACGAAGAAAGCAUCGUAAGCUGCGUUGGGACAUGGAAA